AUGUGGUGGUAUUCGAUCCAGCGUCUGGUGUGCUUGAUAUACUGCAUGGUCCAUGUAGCGGCAUGGUCAAUUACUGGAGGAUAUCUCGAUGUGCAUACAAGUCUCAGGGAUUUGGCUGCUGGCGGACCUGCGUCUGGAGAUGCUAUCACACAAGGUGCUCCCCCGGUUCAGUUGCCAGCCAUCACCGACAAAAAGAGAGCAGCAGAGACCAUUACACUGAAUGGAGUCACCCUUGAGCGACUGCUGGCAGAUCUUGAGACGUGCGUGGAUGAUCUUGUUCCCUAUUCGACCGAAAAAUCACCGAAUGAUCUCGUUCAAGUGAGUGGGUCGAAGAUGAGAUCCUGCAGACAGGCCAUCUUCACCCUCAUACGGUGGUACAGACAGUCAACCCGCUCGAACAGCAAGCCAGUAGCGAGCCAGAAUGAGCGCAGAGACGAUGAUGAGGACCAAAAAUCCCGGUUCAAUCUUGUCAAGCCGGGAGACAAUAGGGACCCUCGCCAGACCGGAAGGCUUCAGGCGACCGUCACAGGCAAAAUUCGGCCGGCUCAGACCGCCACUCGACCGCUGUCCUGUCGUGAGCUCGCAUGCCCGUCCGGCGACCUUGCUGCGACUUGUGAGACCAGGCCGGGCAUGAGGCUGACGCCCACGCUGGCCCAAAUGUGCAGGAUGUGCUUCCCCCGUAGAGACGAGCGGCUGAUUGGCGAGUAUUGCGCUGAUAAGUCCAAGAGGGAGUGGAACAUCUUCUAUAUCCUCUUCGCGAUACUCAUCUCUAUUUCUCUCGCUGGAUUCACAUUGGCUAUACUCCGCAGGCUAAGGGAAAAAGCACAAAGGUCGCGGAACGCAGGGUCUGAGGUCCUUCCGACAAAACGGUUUGUAGAUCCAGCCUCGACGCUCGUUAAUCUGCCACCGGUUAAGCCCAACUCUAGACGGGUUGUAUCAUGGCUCAGGGGGAUAGCUGCAUGCGUUCGCGGCCCACAGACACGAGCCGAUGUAGAGGAGCAUCCAGCAUUUGGCACUUUCACCGCCAAUACGUUGUCUCCAACAACACUCCUGAACCAGGUCAAUUCAAAUCACCAACAACAUCCUUUUCAAGUAUCUGGUGCCCAAACUUGUGAGAGGCAGGCCGGGCUGAAGCUAAGGAAGAGCUGUGAUUCUAGCUUAGACGUGCCUGGGAAAGAGGCGAUGCCACGGGCACGAAGCUCAAGCGUGCAGGCUAUUUCAAAUACCGCCAAUGAACCGCAACGCCCCAGCGUCGAUAUGGACAUUCACCGCCCUCAUACUGCGCAAUAG